AUGGAGAAGGUUGGUUUUCUGCAAGGGCUGCUGUCUGCCAAGGACUACACUGUUGAGAGGGGUAUAUAUUGCUGCUACGAUCCCUUUUCCCAGCUGGACGUGUGGUGUGACAUGUGUGUCCCAGGAGGGGUGGUGGCGCGGGCUGUGAACAGCGUCGGGGACCUAUUUGACUUGACCCCUGAAAUCUGGAGGCAUGUGCACGUGGCAGCCUUCCUGCGCUCGCAGCUCUACGAUGCUGCCACUGUGUCCAGCAGCAAAGCCGUGCGCCACCUCGACCCAUUCCCUACUGCCCGAGAGGAGGCAUCGGUUUUGGAGGUGCUGCUGCAGUUGUACCAAGAGGGCACUGUGCAAGAAUGCCUGGACCGGCUGCAUUGGGAUAAGAGCAAGGGAGUGUGUGCUGAAGAUAUGGACAUUGUGGCUGCCACGGUGAUGCACUAUUUUGGCAGGACGCAUCGGUGGCAGCAGGCAUUGGAGUUCUUCAGGAAGUUGCACGAGCAUCAUCCUCUUGCGGCCAUUUACAUCGCCGCAGUCCAAGGCAAAUUGGGCAACUCCGAUGAGGCGAGCUCCACUCUCAAGGAGGCAGAGGGGACCUGUACGGGCAGUGAUGCGGCCGCCCUGACUGUUGGCCUUGGGUGGGAUCGCCUACGGAAUGACCAAGUGGGCUUGGCGGAGGAGAUGGCAAGGAAGGCCCUGGAGAGUGACAUAUUGAUUCGGCCAGCAUGGACACUGCUCAUCAACUGCCUUGUUAAGAAGAAGGAGUACGCCUCCGCACUGCAGGCCCUGAAUUCGAUGCCGCCACCCAUCAUGGACGCCUCACGCAAGGAGCUCCUGUUCCACGUCAUACCACCACCCCCAAAGGGCAUGACCAAGCCUGUGCAUCCACAGUACAACCCAGAGGUGGAGGAAUUCCGCCAGAUCUCUUAUGAGGCCAGGGCUCCUGGGAAUUUGAUCCAGUCUCUCCCAGCAGAGGUCAUCGUCCCCUGGGGGCCCGAGGGCUCUGCCGCGGCCCCCGAGGUGGCGCCCUCCCAUGCAAUGCGUGCCAUCGUGCGAUCGUCUUUCAACCUUCUGUUUGAGAUUGUAGAAUGCAUAGGAUGGAAUGAGUUUGUUAAGGUUCAGGCAGCCGUCUUCUCGAUGCCAGCUGCCCUGGAAGAUGCAGUGGCUGAAGAGGCCCCUGCAUCUUCAGGCCUGCUUCGCUCUGUGUCGGCCUCCGAGAUCCAGCGCAUAUUGUUCCAGGAGUCAUUCGUGAAACUGGAGGCAGAACCCCAGCCGCAGAGGUCCCUCACCAGGCGACUGAGCCAGCAUCUGGGUGCGUUUGUUGAGCCCAUCACUGGCCGAUCCUCAUCCAAGGAAGCAACCACCUGCCCUUCGAGUGCCAGCCCUGGUCGCAGUCCAUCGAUGGAAGGAGGCGCAACAAACCCAGCACAGAGUAAAGGCACAGCAGUUGACUCAUCCAGUGCCGUGCCUGUGGGCGAUGAUCCACCGGCACCAGUGGAGAGUACAGAAACAGCAGAUGCUGGGAAUCAAGUGGUGGACGAUGGCCAGGCUGCUCCAAAGGUGGAUGGCCAGGAUGGGACUGUGGACGAGAGCGGUGAGGUCCAAGAGCCCACGACUCCACAGGGUGUGCCUGGGGAGUCUUUGGGUAGGAUCCUGGCCAGGGGAGAUGACGAGGAUGAGAUAGAAAGGUGUGGAGAUGCUGUGCCAGAGCCCAGAACGCCCUGGAGGAGUGGUGAAGUGGGAGUGGGUCGUGAUGGAGAUUCGGACUUUGGCGAUGCGUGUGGACGUGGUGAUGAUGUCGCAAGACUGGCACCUGCAUGCAGUAUUGGGAAUGACAAGGACAGGCCUGGCCACGUGGCUGAGCUGGCGGCCGAGCCCAGCAACACUUCGCAGGAGCUGGCAGCUGGCUUUGGCAGGCCCCCCAGGCAGCCUGUGGGCAGGAAGUGGAAGGCCGAUCACGAUGCUGUCAAGAGCCCCGCCGCCAUCACCAGGCAGCGGAUGAAGGAAAUGCAUCACAUCCUGCCGCACAACAUCAAGGAUCGGGUCAAGUACUUCCAGGCCCUGGUUGAGGAGAAGGAGGUCGUCAAGGCGACGCAGCCGUGGACGAUGGAGAAGCGGCAGAGGAAGCCUGGCUCGAUGUCCAUGGCAGAGUUUCUGACGCUGGGAUGGUCCUUCUCGUCGGACACGGAAACCUCUGUGCAGGGCAACCCAUCACCGCGGCCAAGCGCCGCUGACUCUGAGGCACUGUCAGAUGACGCGGAGUCGGGAGAGCUGGAGGAUGGCACCGUUGAGGGGACCGUGUCUCGGUAUGCUGUGAAGACAGGCUGGCAUUCCAUGGACACUUCAGACUGGAAGGGGCCAGGGCACAGGAUCGGCAGCUCCAACACUGGGGACAGCAAUGCAGUGGCUGCUGGUACUUUAGGGAGCAACCCAUUUGCUGCCGGGCCCUCCACGGCACCUUCAGACGCUGGUGCCCUCUCUCCAACCGACUGCAAACAGGGGCUCCUGAAAGUGGAUGGUUCAUCCACAUCUGAGUGUUCAGAAUGGCUGGUUGAGCUAAUCUGUGCCCUGCUGGACGACUUGGCCACCUACUCGAUGCUUGCGCACUUUGACAAGAAAUUGAAAUCCGAGCUUGGGUGCAACUUUGCGGAGCACAUCUUGGGCACGGAAGAGAAGCUUCCUGAGCCAGACUGGCAGCCGGCACUGCGACCCGGACCGCUUUUUAUGUUCGCAAGGUUUUUCGUCCAAGAUCUACGCUGGGUGGGGCUUGGCCCAUAA